AUGGAUGAAGAAACUUUCAUCAGAGUUUACUUAGAUGUCACUCAGUGUCUGAAUGCUGUUAUUCAAAGUUCUAAAAAAUUUAGUCACACGCUGAUGUGUACGACACAAAUGCUCUGCCUUAAAGAGCUUCAUCAUUUUGUUCAGGGGUAUGUGUAUGCAGAAAAAAAACACCUGGAAAAACAGAAAAACCUUAAGAAAAAUUCUGUGCAUCUGUUUCGGCUCAUCAGCACCUCUAGGCAACUCAGAUUUUUUGCUCCUCGACUCAACAGUCCGGCUACAAACAACAGUGACGGCCUUUCAAACAUCAUCCUCAUGUUAGAGGAGCUGGAGGAUCAUGCUCUGUCUAUUGUACAGAAGAUGAUGAAACACUUAGCACAGACCUUUUUAAGGCGUUAUUUCAAAGGAGAAGAUGAGCAAAUUCAAAUGCUGACAGAGGCAAUCCAAAAGCAGUUUGCAUCUCUGCCUCAGACUGAUGUGGGAAAAGAGAUUCAGGAGAUCUUCGUGAACGUAACCUAUGACUGCGUUUCACACAUGUAUCUGGAUUGCCUGGUGAAGAGCAAGUUCAGACAGCUUGAGAAGAGAUGGGGAAAUGUUGGAGAAAGGAUGAGAGAAGACGCUCUCAGUUUGCACAACACACUGAUUGAAAUGAGUGGCAGUGAUGACCAGAAGAAUCAUCUCCUUCAGAGAAUGAGUGAAGUUUUGCUAUGCAGUGAUGUAGACGCACUGAAGAUUACCUGUUGUCAUUUGUUCAGAGAUUUCCCUCAGGACAGUGAGCAGUAUGUACCUGAUCUGCUGUGCUGGAAGAGAGUGUUAUCAAAGCGACAGGUGAGGGAAGUGCUGGAUGUGAGCCGGGAUCUCGGCCUCAAUCCAAAGCCUAGCUGCUUCCCCUGUCAGCCUCUGAAGGGACUUUGCUGUUUUAUGUGA